AUGUUGUUACAAAUUAAACUAUAUAUGGUUUCAGUAUUGUAUUUGUUUGGAAUAUUGUUUAUGAUAUUAUUUCCGCCCCGUAACUAUGAGCAAUCGGGUGCUAAAAUGAGGAAAAUACGGAGUACGGGAAGUAGCUUGAAGUAUUUACAGUACAUUGAUCAAGAAACAUUAUUAAAUAUAACCAAUCGCAUGGCGAAAGAAGAUCCAGAAAUGGUGCGAUUAGUACACCUCACUCCACGCACUUCAAACAACAAUUCUAUAAUAGCUCUAGAACUACACAGCGAUACACAUUCUAGGAAACCGGGCAUACUCAUUAUAGGAACACUCAACGGUAUGGUGUGGGGAACAACGAAUGCAAUAAUCGAAUUGGCUGAAAAACUAUUAUAUGAUGCUAAUUAUCAAACGCCCUUUUUUAAUGACUAUGACUGGUACCUCAUACCCGUAGUGAAUCCAGAUGCGCUUAAUUUUACUAAAAGUUUGCGAAAGUUUCGACCUAUCCAAGAACUGCUAUGGUCACGUAAUAUCACCGCUAGAAAUAACACCCGACCUUCUCUGUGGCACAAGAAUGUAAAUACAGAACUUGGGGACACCUGUUUUGGUACAAAUAUUAAUCGGAAUUUUGCCUAUCAUUGGCGAGAUGAUGUUUCCAAACCUCCAGAUGUUUGUUCCCAAUAUUAUCCAGGAACUAGACCAUUUUCGGCUGCCGAAUCUCAAGCUAUUCGCACAUACAUACAUAAACUUGAAGAUGUACUCCAAAUAGCAAUCAACGUCCAUGCAAGUUUUGUACCAAAAAAGGAAUUUAUAUUGUACCCGUGGAGAUAUUCAUUACGUCAACCUAGCAACUAUAGGAAUUUACAAGCUAUCGGCGAGUAUGCAGCAAGACAAGCUCGAUUGCCUGAUGGACGACUUUAUGAAGUGCAUCAAGAGAGUAGCGAUGGACGAGUUGCUGGCUCCCUGACGGACUACAUUUCAGGAGUUCUUGGCACAGAUCUCGUAUUUCUCCUCAAACCGUUUCAUCCAACAUUCCCGAAUAUCAGUGACACUUCAAUACUGGAAACAUAUGUGAAGAAAACUAUAACAUCCAUUCUGAGUUUAGUACGAGGUUGGCGUAGCAGCACUAAACAAAACACCUUAUCAUUCUUUGGGCGAGAUGUGGAGUUUUAA